AUGGAGACCGGCGAUAUAGAAGAGCCGAUGAAACCAGCUGGUUCUCCGGACAGCAGUUUUUAUUCGACCACCACAGGCCUCUCGCCCACCAAAGGCAGGGACGCCCUGGAGGAGACAAAUCCCACAUGCAAGCAGCGCCCAAACUACGUGGAGCUAUCAACGCUUAUCUCCGUAUCACAGGGCACAGCUGCAGCCGCGCACUCGUCAACAAAGUCACAGCCCCUGAACUGGACUGAGUCAGAUGUGCGGGGAAAAGGAGCGAAGCCAAUCUCUAGCUCCACUCCAUCAAAAGCGGCCUCUUUCACUGUGCACACAGGUGCCGCCCAGGACCCCAACAACCAACUCCACAAUCCUGACAACAGUGAAACCCAUUUGGCCACCCUGAUCGCGGUCGACUCGAGUGUCCACACAAACACGAAAGAAAGGCGACUUUGUCUCAUGACACAGGCACCAGUAAGCGUGAAAUUGAACAUACCGUCGAAAGUAAAUAUGGCGGGACGCCCAGGAGUCGUUCAAAUCCUGCACACUAACCCCAUGCCCGGGCAGGAGUUACUGCCGCAGACUACACCCACCUUCAAGGCAUUUGCAAACGUCCGACCCCUUAUUACCAACGCGACACCAAUGGCGGCUGUAAAUACAAAUACCGCUGUUCAGUAUGUUCGGAAACAGCCUGAGGUGACAGUAAUCAGUCAUGGUAGUCCCUAUGUGACUGCUUCACUUGGUCAGCAGUUUACUCCAUUUGGCGCCCCUAUUCUUACACUCAACCCCAACAUCGUGCAACCAAUGACCGGUCCACCAGGCCUCACUCCUGGGGGAGUCAACCAGCUUGGUGGUUCAAGUGGUCCGUUGACCAACUUAACAAACUCACGAAAGCCAUGCAACUGCACGAAGUCUCAUUGCCUCAAAUUAUACUGUGAAUGUUUCGCACAGGGUCAACUUUGCCAAAACUGCAACUGUCACAACUGUAUGAACAAUUUGGCCUAUGAGGAAGAACGUGGUCGCGCGAUCAAGAUGACUUUAGAGAGAAAUCCAACCGCGUUUCAUCCGAAGAUAGGUCGAGGUGAAGGAGAGAGAAAACACACAAAGGGGUGCAACUGCAAACGCUCCGGUUGUUUAAAGAACUAUUGCGAAUGUUACGAAGCCAAGAUUAGCUGCUCGGAUCUUUGCCGCUGUCAGGGAUGCCGAAACACUGAAGACAGUGUAGAAAGACGGUCGUUGAUGCGACUUGCCGCCAUGGGUUCAUUAAGGUCACGACAACCGUCCUCUUUCAAGAAGCACCUUUCCAAGCCCCCUCCAGAAACACUGCCCCACGCUUUCUUUACAUGGGAAGUCAUUGAAGCCACUGCCGGUUGCCUGCUCGCGCAGGCGGAGGAGGCCGAAAGACGUGAUUUGGCUCCAGCAGCCCAGGAACGCAUUGUCCUCGAAGAAUUCGGUCGAAUCCUCGAACGUGUAAUGGAUUCAGCCAGCAAGGCUCACAUCAGGACUGCUAGUAGCAUCCAAGAUGACGACAGCGAAGAAUCUGAACAGCCUCUUAUUCACGCUCCUGUACCAACCGUGCAAUCAGAUUACACAAGAGUUGGAGGUUCCAGAACAGUCGGUGCAGCUACUGCCUCAGCAGCUGCAGCUGAUGUUCUCCUGCGCGACGAUGAAGAUGAUGAUGACCUGAUGCAGGGUAUGGAUGACCAUGAUCAAAGGAAUGUAGAUGAUGACAUGUUCGAGGAUGACGAUGAUAUCGACCCCGGACGCACACCACAUCACGCUCAUCCCCCGAGACAUACUCGCCAAGCGGUAAGUCGGCAGGGUCUCUCGUCCUCACGGAACAGGUCAUCACAUGUCUCAGACCUGCUGGAUGAAAGGAUGAUUAGUGAUGAUGACUCCGAUGAAAUUCCCAGCAAGCAUCCCGGGGACAUAUCGCAAACAUACAGACAAGUUAUACCCUCUCGAAACAGAACCCACUUACCCGAAACCCGCUACCGCUCUCGCCAUUCCAGGCGACACACCUCUGGUACUCGUGGACAUGAACAUCACGACCCGGAUUCAAUCAUUUGAUGUGCCCGCUUCCGCUACUUUCAAUAACAGGUGUCUGCUGUACACAUUUUCUUAUGGAGAUCCGUGUAACUACUCCCAAAUUAUCAUGUCCCUUGCUUAUUCUUCGCCAAAAAAAUUUUCAGUUGCAUACAUACUGCGUUUUAUUAAAAUCACUGUACACGAACGGUAAGUUAAUCCAUGACAUUUUGGUAGACUAGUUUUCCUACUCGUAUAUACUCAGCUUUCUCUGUGCUGGACAUCGUUCGGAUAUGUGCGGAUGUAAUACUCGCAUAUGGUAAUUUUUGUCCUCCAACCGUUACGGUGAACUUGUCCUGUGUUGGACUCUCUAAAAAAGUGGAGAUAUAAUGGUACUCAUUAGAUACGAGCAGUAAAUUAGUAGACAAGAACCGAAUAGCCAUAAACAUGGGUAACUUAGCGAAAUAUACUCAUUUGCAAACAAACUCGGUUUUGCGAGAGACCCACCUGGAUCUCUCUUUUGUGAUGUUUCCAGGCAACCGAUAACUUACCUUCGGGAGAAUCCGCUGUGGACGAUGGUGGUUUGGUUGACGGGAUCCGUGCUAGAGAUAAAAUGGAGAGGUCUGAAAACUGGUUCCGUAGCUCGAGUGCAGUCCACGGCGCUCGAAAAUAGUCAUCAAAUAGACAAAAAGCCGAACUCGAAGUAACAAAAAAUAUACUGAAAGGCAAUAGUGUAGUAAAUCUUUCUUAUGUUACUCACCCAAUCGAUGUGGGGACGUGUCCAGGAGAAAAACAGGUCAGUUUAAUGGGCAUGCUUAAUCUCCUCAGUAGCCUUCAGUUAUCUUGAAGGGCGUUACCAGUGUAGUGAUGUACAUGAGUUACCCUGCCAGCACUUGGCAUGGAUACUGCUGAAUGCUAUCGAGGACGUUGUGUCUAGAUUACGCUCACUUUUAACACAUCUGGUUGCACGCGACAGCCGACCUCAGUCAUCAUCAUUGACGGUGUCCAUCUAUUAUACCUAUGACCGUAAAGCCACUGCAACCAUCAGUGAAUGAAAGUCGGAAGAUGGAUCAAAACUUACCCUGUACUCUGCACAUCAAACUUGAGUGAAUUGCCACGCUGUAGUUGACCUCAAGAAUAAACUAAACGCGUUGAAUUGUAUGCAUGAAAGUCAAACUUCCCACUCGGGAACAGCUUGAUUGUUCCCCAAGAGUGUUGUGCAUUGGGGAACAACUAAUAUUUGUCGUAAUUCCUUAUUACGUUAAGCGGUAGUGCAAUGAAAACUAUACUGAAAGUCACUAAGACCUCCUUAGUAAGGGCACUUUUUGCUUAUUCCCUAUAGUAACCGGUUGUGGUUAAUAGUGUCUGGGCGGGUAUGUAUUACAUUCAUUUGCCCUAUCCAGCCACCCAUAGUUUGCCUCUUGAGACCACCUGUCCACAAAGUGCGAAAAUUUACAUGUGUAUCCGCCUCCAGUCAUUCUACUGGUCGAAAUUCUGUGAAACCGUCGUUCCGCGCAUAAGCUUCUUUUAGAAUCUCUGGUUAAGCGCAAACGGUUUUAUACGCGAUAGGCUGCUACUUCCGUCCUCAUCCUGACAAACCCUUGUGACGACUAAAUAAGAAUCGAAUGGCGGAUUUCGGUGCACCAUGUGUUGCCCCUCGCAGGCGUUCUUAUCUGGAUAGCGCCAUCUUACAUUGUACACGAU